CAAGUGCAUAGAGUAAUCAUCAUUAAAAUCAUCGUCGCACCGCCAGCCGAAUUCGUAGAGACAACCACCACGGGCUGCAACAGCACCACCUGAAGAAACCACUCAGAAAAAACCGAAAACACAACCCAACACAGAAAUAGCACAGAAACCGAGGUAAAGCUCUCAGUUUUUUGUGAGGCUCUGAAAUGGGCAAGAAAGACAAGAACAAGGAACCGGCGGACGCUGCACCAGCUGGCGAUGCACCACCAAAUGCCGGAGCUCCGGCCGGAGAGGGCGGCGAUGGCGAGAUUGUGGGCGGGCCACACAAUCCCCAGCAGAUUGCGGCACAGAAGCGUCUCCAGCAGACACAGGCGCAGGUCGAUGAGGUGGUCGACAUCAUGCGCACAAAUGUGGAGAAGGUGCUGGAGCGCGACAGCAAGCUGUCGGAGCUGGACGAUCGUGCCGAUGCCUUGCAGCAAGGUGCCUCGCAGUUCGAGCAGCAGGCGGGCAAGCUCAAGAGGAAAUUCUGGCUCCAGAACUUGAAGAUGAUGAUCAUCAUGGGCGUGAUUGGACUGGUUGUCGUGGGUAUCAUUGCAAAUAAACUCGGCCUCAUAGGCGGGGAGCAGCCGCCCCAGUACCAGUAUCCCCCGCAGUACAUGCAGCCACCGCCGCCGCCGCCGCAGCAGCAACCCGCCGGAGGACAGUCGUCGCUGGUGGAUGACGGAGGAGCAGCAGGCGGAUCAGCCGGAACAACCGGGGGCGAGCACGGUGGCGUAUAAGUAACGUAAGGCCAUCCUUAGCCAGCCAAUCAGCCAGGAGGGAAGUUUCUUGAUGACGAUGAUGAUGAUGACGAUUGCCGAUGUGGCGGAAAGAAAAAAACCAAACCAAAAAGGAAAACUCAGUUAUACUAGAAAAAAACUCAAUAAUAAUUUCCACUUAAACGAUGUUGAUGGGCACGAGUUGAGAAAGGGGAGAGAGGUUUUAAGUAACUUAUGUCAUAAUAUUAAUACUAAAUCUAAAGAAGACGCUCCGGACAAAUUAAAGUUGUUGCUAAUUUGUUUAUGGUUACAUUAUUUCAUGCAUAAAAACAAAUGGUAUAUAUAAAUAUAAAUAAAUUAUAAAUAUAUGAAAUUUGAAAAUAUUUACGAGUAACUCGAAAAAAAAACCCUAGAAAACUAUGCCACUUACUAUACUAUAUUGAACUUGGAUCUCUAGGCUGCACUGGCAACAAGGAGCGCCAGUGGAGCAGGAGGACAGGCAGUCGCUUCCCGAUGUUCGCAGCUCUUUGAACUCAGUUUCCUUAGCAAAUCUAAAAAAUAUAUAUAUAAAUAAAUGAUGUACUAACUAGAUGAAAUGAAAAGACACUACUAUUUCGGAACAAAAUCCCAUAUAGAGAAGACACAGCUUUGUUCCUAAGUAAAGUUACGCAAAAAAUUAAAAAAAGAACUUUGAAGUGUGUAAUCCAAAAAUACAAAAACCAAAACUGAAAAAUUUGAAAUCGAAAUGCCAUAUAGCCUAAAGCCUGCAAUCGGCUUGGACACAAAUUAGAAACCGAUUAAAAAUAUGCAAAAGUAAUUGAAAAUUAAAUGUAUUCAUGGAACUUUACUAUGUAACAGAACAUAUUAGAAAAGCAAGUGUAGAAAUUCGAAACCUGGAGGGAUCUGAUAUCUGAGAGAAAAGAAAUCUAGUAAAAAUAUACAAAUGAGGUUUAUUUGCAGCUUUAUGUUUAUUGUGCAAUCAUUAACGUUGUGUUUAAGAAACAUAUUGUUCGAAAGGGUUCGAUUGAAAGAUGAAACCAAACAGUUCAACGAUUAAAAAUUAAGCGCUAGACACACAAUAUACGUUGGUUAUGGAACAGAUUUGUUUAUUUAACUCGAAUCAGGCCGAGACGCCAGAGGCAAUUAACAUAUGUAUGUAUAUUUCAAUGUUACGAGUAAUAGUCGGAGGAGGAGAAGAAUACCCUAGGCAUAUACGAUAUAUAUGUGUGUAUAUGCAUGUAACGAUAUGAUAUUUAGAUCUCACACACUCCACCACCUAAUCUCAGAACCCCAUACCCGAUCAACACUACCGAUCUAUCAGACUCAGAACCGAUUGCUAUGAGAAAUAAAUCUUGAAAACUUUGAGACACCCAUUCCAUUCGUCGUAGCACAUAUUGUACUUAACUUGUUCGAAAUGAAAAGAAAAAUAAAUAUACCUAUAUUAACGAUUAA